AUGAGGGACUUCCUCACUCACAAAAGGAAGAUUGAAUCAAUUCAACAAGUCAACUUAAGUGAAGAAUGCUCGGCGGCACUCCUCAACAAGCUCCCGCAAAAGAAAAUCUGUCCCGGAAGCUUCACCAUUCCUUGCUUCAUUGGAGGAUCACCGAUUAGCAAUGCACUUUCCGACCUAGGAGCAAGCAUCAACUUAAUGCCCGCCUCUAUAUUCAACCGACUUGGACUCAGAAAGCCACACCCUGCAAGGAUGAGCAUAGAAUUGGCGGAUAGGUCGGUAAAGUACCCUCAAGGUGUCAUGGAAAACCUCUUGGUAAAGGUUGGGGAAUUUGUUUUCCCAGCUGACUUUGUAAUCCUAGAUAUGGAAGAAGACACCGAGAUCCCGCUCAUAUUAGGAAGACCUUUCCUUGCCACCGCACGGGCUAUGGUGGAUAUGAGUGAUGGAAGACUAACGUUGAGGGUAGGUGACAAGGAAAUCAAGUUUGAAGUGGGACAAAGAGUAGAGUACGAUCCAGUCAAUUACCUCAAAGCCAUAGACUCGAGCCUACACUACGCUCGUCGUCGGUGCAACUUGGAAUGCGAGUCAACUCGAUUGGGUAACAUUUGA